GAAACGAAACGGCGGACAGAUCUGAGAGGGAUUACCGUUUUUACCUUGCCACGUACGAUCGGUUACAGGGAAUUUUGUACAAAACUUGAUAAUUGAUCGGCUAUAAAAAAGCGGUGGGACUAUAAUUUGUGGACGAAUCAACCAGUAACGAUUUAUAUGGUUGUGCACCUAUUCCGCAGAUCAUAAUGGAAAAAGUAAAAUGUAUAUUGACCAAGACAUUGGGUGAAAAAGCUGCGACGGAUUUUAUAAAAGCUUGCAUGGAAGUUGAUGAUACUCAAAUGAUAAAAAGACGUGUAUCUACUCUACUAGAUACUCGUAAAAUGGAAAAUCGUCAGGUUUAUGAAAUUCUGAUACGAGAGAAGAUACGAAGAAGUGGAUUUACUGGGGAGGGUUAUCGUAAAUCUAAUUGUAGUUCAGGUGUUUUAAAUAAUAUAUCAACAUCUUCCGACAAGAUUUCAAAUUCAGAAAAGAUUGAUGUAGAGCAGUCAUCAUCACAAACUACUAAAAAUAAAAAAAAAACCAAGUUCUAUCCAUUAUUUUGUGAAGGAGCUCAGAGCGAUCAACUUGUUUCUCUCUUGCCUGGUCGGCAUCCUUGUCAGUGUUUGGCAACUAAGCAUCAGUUAGUCAAUAAUUGUUUAAAUUGUGGUCGUAUAGUCUGUGCACAGGAAGGUUCAGGUCCAUGUUAUUAUUGUGGAAGUCUUGUUUGUACAAUAGACGAGGAAUACCAAUUAUCACUAGGGACUGCUAAACACAGUCAGAAACUACACAAUAAACUAUCGCAAGCAGCAUGGGCACCUGGCACUGAAACUCCAUAUUAUCGACUUAUUCGUCGAGCUCAGAAAUCAAAACAAGAAUCAACUAGUGAAAUAAUCUCUACUGAGUCUAAUUCAAAUAGUGGACUAGAAAGUGAUAGUGAUGACAAUGACCUAAUAAAAAAGUCAGCCCAGGGAGCUCAAAUUCGUUUGGAACAAGGUUUAAUCAAUGCAUUAUGUAAACGUGAUAAACUUUUGGAGUUUGAUACUACCUGUGCUAGACGAACUAGAGUUAUUGAUGAUGAAUUAGAUUAUUUCGCAACAGAGGGUGGCGUUGGAUCAGCUGCAUGGUUAAGUCCUGAAGUUCGUGAGAAGAUAGCUCAACGCGUAAUUGACUUACGAGCCCAAAGACAUUCACAUCGUCUACAGUCUGCACGUAUGUGUAUUGACCUAGACAAAUGCGAUGUUAUAAAAGAGGAUACAAGAGAUGAAGCAGCUGGGAAAUUGUACAAUCCAAAUCAAGAAGAAAUGGAUGAACUUUGUAAAUCUUCAACUAUUUCAAAUGUUAAUCAGUCUUCCGGAGAUAAUAAAAAAACUGUUAACUCAAAUAAUGGUGAAAUAACCCUGCCUACUUUUAUACCUCAAUCUAUGGAUAGCAAAAACUAUGAUGAUCAAAAUCCUGUCAUUGUGGCAUUAAAUCAAUCAACCUCUCUUUUACGAAUACAAGAUGAUGAGUCAAGACAACUUGUCGAUGAAGGUUAUUGUUUAAGCCUUCAUCAACCUUGGGCUUCAUUAUUAGUGCGUGGAAUCAAGUUGGAAGAAGGUAGAACAUGGUAUACUCCGUAUCGUGGAUGUCUGUGGAUAGCAUCGACAGUAAAUAAAACUGAUCCAGAGGAAAUCACUGCAAUCGAGAAUAAAUAUUUGAAGGCUGGUGUCCCCAAAUCAGAUAUGCCAACAUCAUAUCCUACUAGUUGUCUUCUUGGUCGAGUUAAUAUUGUAAAUGUGAUAACACAAGAAGAAUAUCGUGAAAAACAACCUGAUGGACCAUCACAAAGUCCGUAUGUAUUCAUUUGCGCUGAUCCACGUGAAACUUUAAUUAAAUUCCCUAUACGUGGGAAGCACAAAAUAUUCGGAUCAUUCAAAAUCGAGUUCAUUUUGUCAAUGUAAUCGGCCCUUCUCCUUUGUCCAGCUUGCUUAUGAUUAGAGUUUUGUCUUUUAUAAGCAUAUGUAAAGCAUCUCGGUGUUUGACGUCUCAUCUGACAGAAGUACUUUAAUUGGUCGCGGAGGUGACCCUGACGUUAAAAGAAGCGCCGUCUGCUUAAGAGAACGAACAUGUUUUCAGCUGUAGAGAAACAGAUAAUGAUCUCGGUAAGCUCUAUUUUCGUAAAUCUUUGUUAAUAAUCUAUCCGAAUAAUUCUUGUACAAAGUGGAUGUUAUGAGUCGAGUUACUAAAAGUUCUUAUGGAAAAAGAAAAA